CUUGUCAUCGUGGGAUCUGCUUUUUGAGCGCGCGGCUCGGCGGGCAGACCCAGGCAGCGCUCGGAAUCCGCGUUGCACUGCACGUGAAGGCCAGUCGUGCAACGAAACCGAGCUCGCACCGCUCGCCGCGACACUGCAUCCUCAGAGCAUAAGUAGCUGCAACAAGCCAGUGUCGCGCGCCGGCGGCAGCACGACCGUAGUAACGCGCCGACGAGAGACGUCACAACAUCGAGUGCAAGCCCUGUGGCAACGAAACGCCAUGACGACGCCGCGCCACCGCCACCGCGGCGCGUCGUACGUCGCCUCGGCCAGCGACGGCAUCAUAAAAACGUCCCACAAGGUCUACGCGUCGAGCUCGGACGACGACAGCCCCGCGGGCUUCCUGCAGAGCGCGUACAACUCGCCGCCGGCGAGCCCGCGGUGCGCGCCGCGGCGCCAGGUGACGUAUAGUGUUACGGAGUCGGAGGAGGACGUAAGCGAGUCGCCGGACGCCUUCGUGGUCGAGUUAACGCGGUCCGAGAACUUCUGGACGCAGCGCGUGCGCUGGUACCCCGAUAACUGCUUUGGGCCGUACCGCGCCGAGCGCCUCGGCUACUCCCGGCGGGAGCUCUGCGCCGACGCUGUGGUUCACCUGGUGGGCAUUGUCGCGUUCUCGGCCGGCGCCGGCGCUUUAUUACAUGCCUGCUGCGUCCACGAGCCGCCGGUCGAGACGACGGUCAGCUUGCUGCUCUACGUGUGCUCGCUGUUGACGAUGCUGGGCUGCUCGUUCCUGUGUGGAAAUCAAACUCCAGGUGCCCCACGCCAUCGACGCGACGUCGUCCCCGUAUAACCUAACUCACUGGUUGAUUUCCACACAGGUUCGUUCGUCUUCAACGGCGCGGCGUGGUCGCGGCGGCACCUCUGGGCGCUGCAGCUCGCGGACCACCUGGGCAUCCACUCCCUCAUCACGGGCACGGCGACGGCGUUAUUAGUCCACGCCGACUCUUCUUAUGCAUUGUUAGCCGUGUGGAUUUUAGCACUCUCAUCGGUGCUGAUCAAGGCGCUCCGCUGGUCCUGGGACGUCCUCGAGCUCCACAUCCCGGUCUUCCUGCUGCAGGGCUGCGUCGUCGUAUUGGGUUGCGUGGCGUCGGACGUCGCGCUGUCGCCCUGGGCGCUGCGGCGCGUCGUCGCCGGCGGCCUCUGCUACGCCUGCGGGUUGAUCCCCUGGGCGGCCUCAUGGAAGGAGUUCCACAACGCGGCCUGGCACGCGUUCGUACUGCUCGGCUCGGCGUGCAUGUUCCAGACGAUCUUCUACGAGGUCGUGCCACGCGUCUGAUCCCCAUUCCUCCUGUCCGGUACCGCGAAGCUACUGAGACAACCCCCACCAUUACUGGCUGUGUGACUAAAACGAAGAAGUUAAAAACGAC